UAGCUAGUAACAAAGAGUUCUUUUCGUAAACAUUUUGUGAUUUUUUUUAACUUUCGUUGCCUAAAAAUUUAAGUUAUUUCACAUCGCAAUAAUGCCGGGGACAGCCAACAUUAUCGCGAUGAAGAAAAUUGUCCAACAGUUGCGUCUUGAAGCUGGCAUCAACAGAGUUAAGGUCUCUCAGGCCGCAGCGGACCUCCAGCAGUUUUGCCUUCAGAACGCCCAGCAGGACCCUCUGCUGAACGGCAUGUCGUCCAGCAACAACCCGUUCAGACCGCACAGAGCCUGCUCCUUCCUAUAG